AUGAAGGUGAACGCCUCAUUAUUGCUCAGCCUGCUAGGCUUGGCCUCACAGGUCCGGGCUGAUCCGACGUGGCCCGCGGAUAUCGAUGAGUUGGAGGAAAUCAUGUAUCAGACAUUCAACUUCGGAUCACGCAAAUUUGCCGACUCCAUAUUUCCCUGCAGCAAGGAGACAUCGGGUGUCGGUCGCCAAACUGCUGCAGAAUGGUUGCGAACCGCCUUUCACGACAUGGCACCGGCCAACGCAGGGUCUGGAGUUGGAGGGUUGGAUGCGUCUAUCCAGUAUGAGCUGUCGAGCACCGGAGAGAAUACCGGCCCUGCCUUUGCGACAACGUUGACUUUCAUGUCACAUUACAUGACCCGCAAAAGCAGCAUGUCGGAUCUGAUCGCUCUUGGAGUGUACGCUUCUGUACUAUCGUGCGGCGGUCCCUCGGUUGCCAUUCGUUCCGGCCGCAUCGACGCAACUGUAAAAGGGGCCGCCGGCGUACCGCAGCCGAACGAAGUCAUCCAAAUUUUCCAAUCAAAGUUUACUCGCAUGGGAUUCUCCUCACAGGAGAUGAUUCAGGUCACAGCCUGCGGCCACACGAUCGGCGGCGUCCACUCGGCGCAGAAUCCCACCAUCGUCCCUGACGGCACCUUUUCGAACGGUUCCGCGCCCAUGGACACCUCCAACGGUGUCUUUGACAACAAGGUUGUCACCGAAUAUCUAGAUGGCACCACACGGAACCCUCUCGUCAUCAAAAUGGGUACGGCUCGAGCCAGUAAUUCCGAUUUUGUCGUCUUCAGCUCCGACAAGAACGCCACGGUGAAGGCCAUGACUGACAAUACAGUCUUCAAGUCUACCUGCAAGACUGUCUUCGAGAAGAUGAUCAACACCGUGCCAUCCGGCGUUACCCUGACAGAUGCUAUUGCACCUUACACCGUCAAGCCGGUUCAGCUUCAGCUCACCCUCAAUUCGCCCACUGUCAUGAUUCUUACAGGCUACAUUCGCGUCCGAACUACCGCCAUUUCGGGAAUCUCGAGUCUGACGAUCAACUACAAGAAUCGGAGUGGAGGCUCCACCUGCGGGACCGGCGCCUGCGUCUUUACAGUCACCAUCUCGGGUAUCUCAAAGGGCUUGGAAGACAGCUUUUCCUGGUAUCCCAUUAGGCAGGAGAUUCCUGUCAGCACGGGCAUCUCGUCCUUCACUGUGACGAUCAACAAGGGUGACGGCUCGAGCACGCUAUUCAACAACAAUGGUAAUGAGUACCCGGUUCAGGACGGCAUCUUUCUCCAAGCGCCACAGAGCUGCUUAUUGCAGGCCUCUGGCGACAUUACACUUGUCGCCGCAGUCCGCAACGACCGCGCGUCUCUCCCGGUCAAGGCAGAAAUCACGUACAAGACACAGCGGACAACCAGCGUCGUGCCCCUGCUGGGUAAGAUGAACGUCGACAUGACCAAGGGCGACUGCCAUGGCAGCUAUACCUUCUUCACCGUCACCACGAACAUUCCCGGUGGCGUCAGUUUCGAGUCGACUUUCGACUUCAUCAGCGGAGACGGCGCAUCCGCCAUGGUUGACUCGUUCAAGAAGGCCGACCCUAUCGGUGGGACAUGUUCAAGCUGGACGGGAGGGUCUGCGACGUGCGGCAGUGUCACGGUGUCUUCCAUCUCCACGACAGCAUCUUCUACGUCCAGUGCGGCUCCGACUGCCACACUUUCCCACCGACCCACCAUGGGCGGCUAUAAGCUCGUCUCCUGCUGGACCGAGGCCUCUAGUGGUCGAGCUCUCGGCGGUGCCGCGUUUGCUUACGACGGCAUGACCCUCGACAGCUGUAUGGCGAAUUGCACGGGGUUCGACUACUGGGGUACUGAGUAUGGGCGCGAGUGCUACUGCGGCAACUCGUUGGCUGCCUCUAGCAGUUCCGCGCCCUUGGCCGACUGCAACAUGCAGUGCUCUGGCGAUUCGACCCAAUACUGUGGUGCCGGCAACCGGAUCGAAUUGUACUCGACUACUGCCACCCGUACCAGCAGCUCGACGACCGCUCCCACCGCUACUCUCGCCCACAUCAACACCGUCGGCAAGUACUCGCUCGUCGGUUGCCAGACGGAGGCCGAUGGUGUGCGUGCCCUCCAAGCCGCCCAGACUGCUGCAGACGACAUGACUCUUGAAAAGUGUGCUGCUUUCUGCUCCGACUACACAUUCUUUGGCACCGAGUAUGGUCGUGAAUGCUACUGUGGCAACAGUCUGGCAGCUACCAGCAAGACUGCGCCCCUGAGUGAGUGCAACAUGAAGUGUGCUGGCAACUCGUACCAGUACUGCGGUGAUGGCAACCGCCUGGAGCUGUACAAAAUCAGUAGUGCUCCGUCUACUUUGGCCUCAACGGUGGCUACUACAACCCCAAGCAGCUCUUCAUCGGCGAGCUCCUUCAGUGUCCUAGCGGCGAGUGGAUCGACGUCUCCUACUCCGACGUCUGCGCCCAUUUCUUCCAGCAGCUCUUCGACUUCGUCACAGAUAUCGACUUCAUCAGACCAUUCGAGUUCGAGCAGUGUUGCAUCCUCGAGUAGUGUUGCGUCUCCGUCGAGCACUUCUUCGAGCAUUGCAUCCUCCUCCAGCAGCGCUAGCACUUCAUCAAUCGCCGCCUCUUCCUCUACCACCGGCACCAUCUCGACCUCAACAACCACCUCACCGACGUUGGCUCAGAAGCCCACCGUCUCGCCUUAUACCCUAGUGGGCUGCUGGACGGAGGGCAACGGCGUCCGCGCCUUGAGCCAAACGAGCUACACGUCUGGUGACAACAUGACUCUCGAGUACUGCGCCUCCUACUGCUCAGAUUACAAGUACUUCGGAACGGAGUAUAGCGGCGAAUGCUACUGCGGCAACUCCCUCGCCUCGUCCAGUGCUGCAGCCCCCCUGGCGGACUGCAGUAUGACCUGCAGCGGCAACAAGUACGAAUACUGCGGUGGAGGCAACAGAUUAACACUCUAUCAAUCGAACAAACAAGUCACGGACCCCAGCCAGCCAGCCACUGCCGGAGCCUACAGUUUUAUCGGCUGCCGUACCGAACCCGCUCAGGGCGGACGUGCCUUGGAUGCCAAGGCCACGGCUGGUGACAAGAUGACCAACGAGGUAUGCGCGGCCUUCUGCGAUGGGUAUAGCUACUUUGGAACGGAGUACGGCGGUGAGUGCUACUGCGGUAAUGCUCUGCCGACGACGUCGCUUGACGCCCCGUCGAGUGACUGCAGCAUGCUGUGUACGGGUUCCAGCACGGAGUACUGCGGUAAUGGUAACCGCUUGUCCGUCUACAAGAAGUGA